AUGGCUUUACAGGACGAAGGAAAGUUUGUUGAAUGGAUCCCACUCCAGAAUGAUAUCAAACUCAAGUCAGAACUUGUGAACUGUAGCACUAACAACAAACUUAUUUUUAAGUUUGAUGUCGAGGAUUUGAAAUGCGUGAAGAAACUUUCCUACCCUCCAACUCCACCUCAAUUGGUGUUCAUACUGAAGUCCGGCACGACAUGCCCUGCACUGCACUUCCACGAUGGCGGCACCUCACUGAUCAUCUCGAAGCUUGAAAAUUAUCUUCCUCUUGAAAGAACAUAUGCUGGUCAUCAGGACAGUUAG